AUGCAGUGCACAAGAGCUGCACAACGUGCAAACCUCACUGGUUUCGACCCAAAGGCAUUAGCCGCCGCAUCUGGCAAAAAUGCAGGAGACCCAUGGGCGAGACGUGAGGCUUGGAGAUAUCAAGGACAGUACUCGAGACGGAAUCGAUUUUCAAACUCCUUCCCCGGAUUGGGCAUUGCGACGGUAGCAUUUACAGUAUACUGCGGAUACGAAUACUUCUUCAUUCCAGACGAUCAUCAUUCAGAGGGAGCUCAUGGCGCGGGACAUCAUUGA